AUGGAGCAAAUACCACGUUUAUCGGAGGAUGUUCUCUAUAUUAUUUCUGAAAAAUUACUUUUUGAAAAAUUUCGUCAGCGAGUUGAUUUGCGCACUACAAAUUGUUAUACUCUUUUUAUGUAUCACAGUGCAAGAAAUAUGAGGGCUUUGCUUUCUCAUUUUUCUAAAAUGAAGCGACUUCAUUUUUUAACUUGGGACAAUGAUUGUUUUAUUGGUUUUUACAAAGAGGAAAUUCCAAAUUUUAUCUUCCCAUACCUUGUUACCAAAAACAUGUUAUCUGGUCUUCUUGAAGCUGGUUUAUUGCACAUUUCAUCUAUUCAAAUAAAUAAUAUUCUUGGGAAAUUAUCAAAAAUUGAUUUUUCUGUAACAAAUAAAAAUAUCUGGAAAAAUUUACUUAGUCUUGCAGAAAGUUUAUCCGAUUCCUCAAUAUCUUCGAGUUUGAGUAUCUCUAAAAUUAUUAUUAAUGAGAAAGCAGAAACUAUCAAAAAACACUUAAUUACAUUACUUUCAAUGAAUAUUGAGACUAUGGAGAUUAUUUGCUCUGAUAUUAAAAAUACUAUGUUUGAUUGCGACCCGAAAGCUUUUGAACUUGUUUUACUCGAAAGGUACUAUUUUUAUACCAUCAAUUUCUAUGAAGUGCACAAAGAAAAUCAAAACUAAAUGUUCUAUUGAAUUUAACUCUACAACCAAUUUACUCAACAAUUUAAUGAAUUAUAUUCAGUUUUUACUUCUU